CCCACACCAUUGUCCUUACACUUCCUCUACUGCAAUAUAAGCAAUCAAGUUUCUUUCUUUCUUUCUCCCUUUCAUUUUUCUAAAGUCCAAAUUAUUUACUUAGAAAUCAAGAAAUGGAGGCAAUGAAGAUGAAUCUUUUUGUUGCUUUGUUGGUGGUUAUGAUGGUGGCCUUCUCAGGCAUUCAACAAGUAGCUGCAGCUGACGCUCCAGCUCCAAGCCCAACAUCUGAUGCCUUCACAUUUGCCCCCACUUUCUUUGCUUCUCUAGCAGCUUUGGCUUUUGGCUUCUUCUUCUAAGCAUGAUUUUUAAAUUUCAGGUUUUAAUUUAAUUAUUUAUUGUUGAUGGAAUUGUAUGGGUGUGGUUGAUCUUUUUGUUGGUGGAUUUGUAUUAUAUGAUGUAUAAUUAUUUUUAGUGAGAAUGUGAGGAUGGUUCAAUUUUAGGCCAAUAAAGGGAUCAUGGGUUGACAUUUGAUGUCCUUGUAUUUUCUCUAUGAUUGUAUCAGUGAUUCAUUUGUACUAAAAAAAUUCAUUCUUCUAUUUUGUUGUGGUAUUUCA